GUUAACAGUGUGUAAAUGACAAGUUGAAGGGGAAAACGCCUGUGUUCGGUUGAGGCGCUGUUAUUCGUUGCAGGUUCACGCUAUCGUUGAAUUAGGACAUGGAUUGUUGUUGUGAGACCCAUUCGGUUGCUUGGAGAUACUGACUGUGGGACUGCCUAAAUAAGAUAAAAGCCGGUCGAUUAGGUUAUUUUCUGUGUAUUCCACAAGGACGUAUCGGUUGGGAUAUCAGGAACGAGGCCACAGACAGACCAAACGGCUUUCAGCUCUAGCGCGAAAUGGUCACGUCUACACUAUGGCUUUUCAUCCUACCAGUAUGUCUUCAGCUUUGUGCACUUUCCCGCGCUUCCCGAAUAGAAUGUGAGCAGUCCCAGUUUCAGUGUGGAAAUGGUCGGUGUAUUCCAUCUGUGUGGAAGUGUGAUGGUGACCAGGACUGCUUAGAUGGCAGUGACGAGACUUCCUGCGUGAGGAAGACCUGUGCAGAAGUGGACUUUGUCUGUCACAGUGGUCAGUGUGUUCCCAAGAGAUGGCAGUGCGAUGGUGAGCCAGACUGUGAGGAUGGCUCAGACGAAAGCAUUGAGAUGUGCCACAUGAGAACCUGUCGAGGGAAUGAGUUUAGUUGUGGUGUUGGUUCUACACAGUGCAUUCCGGUCUUCUGGAAGUGUGAUGGUGAAAAAGAUUGUGAUAACGGGGAAGACGAGAUAAAUUGUGGUAACAUUACAUGUGCCCCUCUGGAGUUCACCUGUGCCAGUGGUCGUUGUGUGUCUCGUAAUUUUGUCUGCAAUGGUGAGGAUGACUGUGGCGAUGGUAGUGACGAGCAGGGCUGUGCUCCAUCCUCCUGUGGUCCUAAUGAAAUUCCCUGUGGGAACAACACAUGCAUUCCUAGGACUUGGUUAUGCGAUGAUGAUGUGGACUGCCCAGACCAAUCGGAUGAGUCACCUGAGCAUUGUGGCCACAACCCGACCCCACCGGCGAAGUGUUCAUCCAGUGAGAUGCAGUGUGGUUCUGGGGAAUGCAUCCACAGAAAGUGGCGCUGCGAUGGUGACCCAGACUGCAAAGAUGGCAGCGAUGAGAAAAACUGUUCUGUCCGUACCUGCAGGCCUGACCAGUUCAAAUGUGAUGACGGCAGCUGUAUUCAUGGCAGCAGGCAGUGCAAUGGGUUCCGAGAUUGUGGAGAUGGUACAGAUGAAGCCAACUGCAAGAAUGUAACCCAGUGUAACGGCCCUGACAUGUUCAAAUGUCGCAGUGGAGAAUGCAUUGAGAUGAGUAAAGUGUGUAAUAAGGCCCGUGACUGCCCUGACUGGAGUGAUGAACCCAUCAAAGAGUGCAAUAUGAAUGAAUGCCUGCUGAACAAUGGAGGCUGCUCACACAUCUGCAGCGAUAUAACAAUCGGCUAUGAGUGUGACUGCCCACCGGGACUCCAGCUCAUUGAUCGCAAGACCUGCGGUGAUGUCAAUGAGUGUCUAAACCCUGGUAUAUGUAGUCAGAUCUGUAUAAAUCUUAAGGGAGGCUACAAAUGUGAAUGUCACAAUGGCUACCAGAUGGAUCCCACCACUGGAGUGUGCAAAGCUGUAGGUAAAGAGCCCUGUCUUAUUUUCACCAAUCGAAGAGACAUUCGCAGACUGGGUCUUGAGAGACGUGAAUACACUCAGAUUGUAGAGCAGCUGCGGAACACUGUGGCACUGGAUGCUGACUUCACUCAGCAGAAGAUAUUUUGGGCUGAUCUGGGACAAAAAGCAAUUUUCAGCACAGUAUUGGAGAAGCAGGAAAAUGGAGCAAGUCAUACCAAGGUGAUUGACAAUGUUAACAUGCCUGUUGGAAUAGCAGUGGACUGGAUUUACAAAAACAUCUACUGGUCAGACCUGGGCAGUAAGAGCAUUGCCGUGGCCAACUUCAAUGGGACCAAGAGGAAGGUGCUGUUUGACAGUGGUUUAAAGGAACCAGCCUCUAUUGCUGUAGAUCCUCUAUCAGGGUUUCUGUUUUGGUCGGACUGGGGUGAACCAGCUAAGAUUGAAAAGUCUGGAUUAAAUGGAGUUGACAGACAGGUCCUGGUUGAGAGGGACAUUCAGUGGCCCAAUGGAAUCACUCUGGAUCUGAUCAAGGGUAGACUCUACUGGGUGGACUCUAAGCUGCACAUGCUCUGUAGUGUAGACCUGAACGGAGACAACCGCCAGAAAGUGCUGCAGUCUCCAUAUUACCUUGCCCACCCAUUGGCUCUGACAGUUUUUGAGGAUCGAGUAUUCUGGACAGAUGGGGAAAAUGAGGCCAUCUAUGGGGCAAACAAGUUUACAGGUUCUGAUGUAACCAUGCUGGCCAGUAACCUUAACGAGCCACAGGACAUCAUUGCGUACCAUGAGCUUAUUCAGCUGUCUGGGACAAAUUGGUGCAAUGAGAAGGUGGAGAAUGGAGGCUGUUCUUUCAUGUGUCUGCCAGCUCCACAGAUUAAUAAACACUCCCCAAAAUACACCUGUGUGUGUCCACAAGGUCAGAUACUCGCUCCAGACGAACUGCGUUGCAGACCAGAGGCUCCUACUGCUGCUCCUCAAGAUAGAAGCAGGGUGACACCUCACCCCAUUCACCCUCGAGGGUCUACAGAACUGAAGGUUGCCACUGAAACAGUUAAUACUGAAGGAAAUAUAAGUACCUCUAUACAUGAAGUCAGUUCAUCAGCCAAAGGUUCUGCUGCAGCCUGGGCCAUUCUUCCUGUGUUGUUGUUGGCCAUGGCUGCUACAGGUGGUUACUUGAUGUGGCGCAACUGGCAGAUCAAAAACAAGAAGAGCAUGAACUUUGAUAAUCCAGUGUACCUCAAGACCACAGAAGAAGACCUCAGUAUUGAUAUUAGUAGACACUCUGCUUCUGUUGGCCACACAUACCCUGCAAUUUCCGUGGUAAACACAGAAGAUGACUUGUCAUAACCAGAGCACUCUACAAUGAUCCUGUUAAUUUACCACUGCACUAAUGGCAACUGCUGCAGAUUCAGCGGCCUCACAACCCAGAUGCCUUCUUGAUGUGCUUUUUGUUUGUUAGAGUAAGCGAUUUGUGGUACGAGACAGAUUAUCUGUUCACCUGGGUGUGCUCUAAAAGCAUCAUAGAAUUCUGAGGACAUGGCUUUUCACCUCGACAAAUACCAUAAUGGUCCCAAAAUUAUUUAGAAGGCUUGAUUUCUACAUACGAGGAUGUUGAGCUGCUGAACCAGAAUUCAGAUCUAGAUUGUCUCUUCUCUGUCUGAAAUAUUUAAAUAAAAUGCAUUUUUUUAGAAUGUCUAAGAUGUAUUUUUCUUUUUGUUUUCCUAAGGAAUGUUAUUUCUUACAUGUUAUUUAAACCAUACUGUUCUUUCUCGGUUAAAAUAGCUCUAUAAGGUGAAGUGCUGUUAGAUCAUCUGUAAAACACUGUAUAUAUCCCUCUCUUGAAAACAUAAUCAGGGCUAUUGAAGCACUUUGGUCAAAUGUUCCUCUGUAAAUAAUAAAAUCAAGUGUGUACAGAGACGUUUUUGCUAUGGUUGGGCAUUGUACCAGGGUAGAAUGUAUUUAAAAAAAUAGGUUUGUUAAAACUAUUUUGUAUGUUUGUGUGCAGUUUCUGUGACCUUUUAUAGCAUUGUACAGGGGAGCAGAAUGCUCUGUGAUUGUGAAACAUUUGCAAAACACAUAAAAUAAAAUGAAUAUUUAAAUUGU